AAGAGGUCAAAAGAAGAAAACAGUAGGAGACCGGGCACGCUGUCUCUGUCUCCGUCUCUGCCCUUUGCAAUACGAGGGUAUUCUCUUCUUUUCCUUUCUUCAGUCACCCGCCCAUUGAAGGCCCAGCCUGGGAUAUUCUCCACUUCCCUUCACUUCCCCUCUGGGAGCCCCUUUCACCACCCCUGCACCUUGCUUCAGGCGAUGCCCGAGAGAGAGCUGUGGCCAGCAGGGCCUGGCCUGGAACCCGCCACCCGCGUCGGCAGCUGCGACAGUAUGAUGAGCACCACCUCCGCGCGCUCUGGAUCUAGUGACAGCAGCUACGACUUCCUGUCCGCUGAAGAGAAGGAGUGUCUGCUAUUCCUGGAGGAAACCAUUGGCUCCCUGGAUGCCGAGGCUGACAGCGGGCUGUCCACCGGCGAGUCUGAGCAAGCCUCAGCUCCCCGAGGUCCCCGAGCACUGCCCCCGACCCAGCCUGCCCCCCAGGGACAUCCAGAGGAGACAACUGUCCGAGGACCGGAGCCAAAAAGAGUGACUCCAUUCAGCUCAGCUCAUCCCCCCCGGCCCCAAAGCCUGGGCCUCAGGUCUGGCUCCAACAGCCUCCCCAGAAAUAUCCACAUCGGCAGAAACCAGAACCUCAGAAAAAGCACCACCCUAACUAAUAGCCAUAAUCCAGGGGGAUCCGAGGGACUUGUCUUGGGACCUGAGACGGUGCGGGUCAGCCAGAGCCCUGAGCCCAGCCAGGCACUGGCCACGCCCCCAGAGGCUGCCCUUGACCUGGACGGGGCGCUCAUCCCCCCACCGGAGGCUUUCCAGGACGCCCAGCCCGAGCAGCCUGGCCAAGGCAGCCUGCCCAGAGGACCAGGGGAGCUGAGCCCCAGGCCCCAGGCCCACCCAUCACUCAGCUCCCAGAGAAACAGGGAGCCCGCUCCAGAGGCCAUGUCCCAAAAAGCCAGUGAGAAAGGCUCAACCGGGGAACCUGCACCACCUCGGUCUCCUCCCCUGGUGUCCUCUCGGGAUGCGGGCGCUAGAGAUGCGGCCGUCCCUUCUGGGGGCCAUCCAAAUGGCCGGCCGGCUCCCGUCACGGCCCCUAAGCCCCGGAAGUUGCCGCCAAACAUUGUCCUGAAGAGCAGCCGCAGCAGUUUCCACAGCGACCCCCAGAACCGGCUGUCCCGCCGCUCGGAGGCUGCGCCCGGGGACCCCAGCCCCGCCUCGUCGUCCCUUCAGGAGCAGAGGAAAGCACGCAGGGAAGCGCUGGAGAAGCUGGGGCUGCCGCAGGACCAGGAGGAGCCCAGCCCCCGCUUAAGCAGGCCCUCCGUCAGGCUCAAGGAGACUGGCGCUCAGGCCGUGUCCCCGGCCCCAGCCCAGGUCCCCGGAAGGGCCCUGGCGCCUGCACCCACGCGGGGCCCUUCUCCCGGGAAAGCGCCAGCUCUGGCCCAGCCGCCUUCUCCAGGCAAGGUUCUGGUUCCCUCCCAGGAACCCACUCAGGGGACAGCUCCAGCUGGCAAAUCCAGGCCAAUUCCUAUCCCGAAGGGCCCGCGGGCACACAGUCCCCUGACUCAGCGAAAGCCAGACUCCGGGCUGACCCUCCAGGAGAGCGGUGUCCCUGGCCUCAGACAGAUGAGCUUCAAGUCCAGCACCCUGGAGCGGUCAGGCAUCGGGCUGAGCAGCUACCUCUCAGCGGAGAAAGCUCCCAGCCCCCAAAUCAGCACCUCUCUGGAAAAAGGCUCCUUGCUGGACAGGAUCUCGCCCAGCGUCUUGCGUAAUUCCCGGCCGCGCCCAGCCUCCUUGGGCACGGGGAAGGACUUCGAGGGUAUCCGGGUGGGCAAGCUGGCUGACCUGGAGCAGGAGGGGCACCCCAAGCACCUUUCUUACCAGGGACAGAGCCGAGACAAGCUGCCCCGGCCCCCCUGUGUCAGCGUCAGGAUCUCCCCAAAGGGGGUGUCCGAUGAACACAGAAGGGAGGCUCUGAAGAAGCUGGGCCUGUUGAAGGAGUAGGCCAGGCCCACUGGCCACCAGCCCAACCCACACAGCCCCCUCCCCGCACCCCAUUACUCAAGGUGGGACCCAGAGCUCAACUUAGCCUCCCCACCUCUCGACUCAGGAGCUGGACAGGGGUCAGCUUCUCUCCAAUGGCCUCCUGUCUCUGAGGGAGAGCCUGGAGCACACAUUUAUAUUCACAGCAGCUGUGCCAAGGAAAGUGAAGUCGCUCAGUUGUGUCCAACUCUUUGCGAACCCAUGGACUGUAGCCUGCCAGGCUCCUCUUGUCCAUGGGAUUUUCCAGGCAAGAGUACUGGAAUGGGUUGCCAUUUCCUUCUCCAGGGGAUCUUACUGACCCAGGGAUUGAACCCGCAUUGCAGGCAGAUGCUUUACUGUCUGAGCUACAGGGAAGUCCUCAGUACCUGCGCAAAUGGUCCUGAAGAGGAUUUCCACAGGAGGGUGUGUGUGUGUGUGUGUGUGUUAUAGGCUGUAUAUAUCACUGAUGCUAUUUAUAUGACACAAGGAGUCAUUGCUCAGAAUUCUGCUCUGGUUGAAAAUUUUCUUAUGCUGGGUAGAGUUCAGCCUAGCCAGAACUGAGUGGAGAGGCAUGGCUGAGCCUGAGAAAAAUAGUCAAAUGAGACAAUAGACGUUCCCAUAACAUUAGGCAAAUGCAGAGUCACAUGAAACGUGGGUCUCCCAGAAUCCCCGCAGUGGAUGGAGACUGGCUCAGACCUUGCUGGAGUCCCCUCUCUCUUCUGGCCUUCUGGACAGGGGCCCAUGGCCAAGGAGGCUGUUUGCUGCCCUCUCACUGUCCUUAGUCCUGAGGAUCAGACACAUCCUGACACUCUUGUUGGUCUGUGGAGGCGGGAUGAAUAUCUACACAUCAUACUUCCCUUGGGGAAGGUCUUGUCCUUGGGCUUUCAGUGAUAAACUAUGAUGGGCCCUGACUCCGAGAUCCCUGUUUUUCCUGCUCUGGAUCUCCAUCUGCACAGGACUGAAGCCAGGGCUGGGCCACCAGUGAGUUGGGAACUCAAGCCUAGAGACAUUGUAAAUACCGAGAAACUCUUGAAAGCCUUUGUCUACGAUUGCAAGUUAUUUUUUGAUUUCCUCAAUUCCUAUGGAAAAUCAGCACCUUAUAUUCUCUGCUAAUUAUUUAUGUAUAGACUAUCAGAGCUGGGGGGGGCCAUAGAGACCCUCUAAUCCAAUCCUGUUAGGGAAGGGAAGUGACUCAUCGUGGUCAGUGUGCAUUAGUGACAGAGCUGAGGUCAGAGCUGGGGCUCCCAUUCCCGCCCACACUGCAGGCCCCUCCCCUCCAGCAAGGCCCUUGUCCAUCCACGCAGCACCCUCAGGACUGGCAGUCACCAGCAGAAGUCUAACCUGAAAGCUCUUCAAGCUCUAAGGUGUCUUCUGAAACAGCAGAGAUUAAAUGUUCAGGAUCAUA